AGGAUGUCCUGCUGUGUCCCCAGCUGCGGCGUGGCCACCCCGGCCCCUCUGGCUGACACCUGCAACGAGCCCUGCGUGCGGCAGUGCCCCGACUCCACGGUGGUCAUCCAGCCCCCGGCCUCGGUGGUCACCUUCCCCGGGCCCAUCCUCAGCUCCUUCCCGCAGCAGAGCGCCGUGGGCUCGGCCGGAGCUCCCUACGUCGGAGGCGGCUUCGGCGGCUCCUCCGGCCGCCGUGGGGGCUACGGGGGCUUCGGGGGCUCCGGUGGCUCCGGGGGCUUUGGGGGAUUCGGAGGUUACGGAGGAUUCGGAGGUUUUGGGGGCAGCUGCGGUGGCUCCAGAGGCUGCGGGCCCUGCUAA